AUGAGUGCGAUCAACGAAAACUCUACCAGUCAAAUUGAGUCACCAAAGUAUGGCGAAAAGUACAGACUCGAGCUAGCCAAUCGAGGCCAAGCCAUCGUCAUACAAGAAACGGCUACUUCCGCCGUCAUCUCUUCCAUCGCCAUAGUUGGAAACUUCCUCGUGUUGCUCGCCGUCUAUCGUAAUCCUAACCUGCGAAAAACCCAGGUCCUCUACGUGUCCGCACUCGCAGUUGCUGACAUGUCAAUGAACGUGGUACUUGGACCCCCUGCGGCGUAUGGUCUCGCGAUGGGUAACGAGGACUUUGGGAAGGUUCCAUGUGUCAUAAUAGCAAUCUUAGGGUGUACUUCAGGGACAUACACGUAUCUUAUUAUUUGCCUGAUGGCCGUUCAGAGGUACAGCACGAUGUUAAAUACCAGACUGCAUAGCACGUUAUUCACCAGAAGAAAAGUGAAAAUCUCCAUUGCCAUCACUGCAACUGGGACACUCACUUUUAUAGUAAUCACUGGGAUAUUAAGCGAUGUGCAAUUCCACCCUGGAUUCGCAUGCUGCCUCGCACACUAUGAGAAAGUUGACAAAGUACCAGUCUGGGUUAUGCUAAGUUUGAUUUCGAUCCCCGCACUCAUUUCACACUUCUGCUACAUCAGGAUUUGGCGAUAUUUGAGGCAGCACAGAGAGCAGAUGGCGCAGUCGGCAAUAAGUGCUGCUGAAGUGAAGACGUCACGGAUCUUUCUUUUGGUCAUCAACAGCUUUUCGAUUUGCCUCGCGCCUUUCAUGAUAGUCACCUUUAUCGAGAUAUUUACCGGCACUAUGUACACGGUACCGCGGCAGGUUUAUCUAGCCACUACUAAUCUCGCGGGAUUCUCGAGUUGUAUCAACCCGAUUAUAUACGCGGCAUUGAGCAGACCGUUCCAGCAAGAGUUUGGCAAAAUGUUCGUGUGCAAACGGAGAAGAAAUGAUGCAGUUGCACCGGUGUAG